GUUUUCAGUAUCAGUCUGCUGCUGCUGCUGUGAUGAAUCAGGUAUUCCCAUCAGCUGUACCUGUAUAUAUCCUUCCUACCCCGACACAGGGACAAACACAUUUUUUUGCGCCCACACAGAUGGCACAGAUGAAGACAAUUCCAAACGGCAUUUUCACUACAAUUAGCUUAACAGAAGAUUACCAGCUAGUUGGUGAUGCAAGUAACUGUUGUCACGUAGAAGAUAUUAUUUCCGCUUUCAAUGAUAUCCUUUAUGGAUUGACUUUAUGUGCAGACAACAUAAAAGAAACAUCAGACAUUAUUCUACAGAUGCUAGAUAAUUGCUCUAAUGAGAGGGUGUUGACAUAUUUUGCAGAAAGUUUGUUUGAAAAGUGUCUAAAUGAUGCAAGUUUUCAAAAUACGGGAGCAACACUUGUACAGUACUUAAUUUGUAAAUCACAGACAACACAGACUUUUGUCAACUUUGGAAAUCUUUUUCUCUUGAGAUGCAAGGAGGAAUAUUUAAAGAGCUCUGAAAUAGUACUUCGACUAUGUCGAUUGGCGAAUUUCAUUGGAGAGUUGUAUUUUAAUCAAGAAGUAGCAGGUGGAAGUAUUGUUCAAGGUAUACCUGUCUUAAGGUAUUUGAUAAAAAGUGUGCUGCUUGUUCUUCUUGAACAUUCAACAGAUAUAACUGUGUCAUGCGCUGUACAAAUAUUGAAGGAUGCAGACAUAUGUAGACCUGACAAAAGACUAUUCAGCGAGGUGUUCCUAUAUCUCCAAGAAUUACAGUCGUGCAAUCAUUUAAGCCCAAAAACAACGAAGUCGAUUGCAUUUUUGCUUGAUCCGCUGGGUCCAAGUGGUUUGUCAGAGCUACCACAAGUUUCUUCUAUAACGGAUAAUGAGCUUGAUGCACAGGAAGAAGUUAACAAAGUCAAAGAUCAGGCGCCUUUGGCUUACUCCAUGAUUUCCGACCCACGAAGAAAGCAAAAAAAACAGAAGAUAGGAGAACAUCUGUUCGAUCUGAUUCUAAGUAUGUAUCCAGACCUGGCUGGAAAGAUCACUGGAAUGUUACUGGAAAUAGACAACUCUGAAUUGUUUCACAUAUUGGAAUCGAAGGAGUCACUAGAAGCUAAGGUCGAAGAAGCCGUUGCUGUACUGAGAGCUCAUCAUGUAAAAGAAACACAGUUGCCACUGACUGCUACCAUGUUGGAUAAAUUCCCACAACAGGAACAUAAACAGUUGUUGGGAGAGCGUAUAUUCCCUCUGAUCCAAAGUAUGUACCCUGAUCUGGCUAGAAAGAUCACUGGAAUGUUACUGGAAAUAGACUACUCUGAAUUGUUACACAUGUUGGAAUCCAAGGAGUCACUAGCGUCUAAGGUACAAGAAGCUGUCGGUGUACUGCAAGCUCACCAAGCAAAUGAAACUGCAACAACUGCCAUAGAGAAAUUAACAACGCCAUUUUCAGCUAUUGAAAAGCAAGCUAUGAAUUCAGCUGGAGCUUUGUACGUAGAGGAUUUGCAUCCAGAUGUCACCGAAGCUAUGUUGUUUGAGAAAUUUUCAACCGCAGGUCCAGUCCUCAGUAUCCGUGUUUGUAGAGAUAAGAUCACAGGAAGUUCGCGUGGUAAUGCAUAUGUUAAGUUUCAGCAGGAAGGAGACGCUGAGAGAGCUCUUGACACAAUGAACUUUGACAAUUUGAAAGGUCAACCAAUAAGAAUCAUGUGGUCACAAAGAGAUCCAUAUCUAAAAAAAUCUGGUGUUGGCAACGUAUUCAUCAAUUAUCUUGAUAAAAGUAUUGACAAUGAGGCAUUAUACGAUACCUUCUCUGCUUUUGGAAAUAUUUUGUCUUGUAAGAUUGUCUGUCAUAAGCAGCAUGGGUCACGUGGAUACGGAUUUAUACAUUUUGAGACUGAGGAAGCAGCCAUAAACUGUAUUGAAAAGGUGAAUGGGAUGUUGUUAAAUGGAAAGAAAGUGUUUGUGGGACGAUUCAUGAUAAGACAGGAACGUCUUGCAUUUCUUGGAGACAAGAUGAAGAAAUUAAACAAUGUCGAGGCUGGUGAGGAUUUAAACAGCAUUUUGAACGGUUUAAACAUCCUUGAUAGGACUUUGUUUGCUGGCAGAGCACAGAAAAAGGCUGAGAGACAAAUAGAGGAUAAGGACAAAUUUGAAAGAAUUCGAAUGGAGAGAAUUAAUAGAUACCAAAAAGUCAAUCUGUAUGUAAAGAAUUUGGAUGACAACAUUGAUGACGAAAGGCUAAGGAAGGAAUUCUCUCAGUUUGGAACCAUUACAAGUGCUAAGGUUAUGUCAGAAGGUGGAAGAUCCAAAGGAUUUGGGUUUGUUUGUUUCAGUUCUCCAGAGGAGGCCACUAAGGCAGUAACAGAAAUGAAUGGUAGUACUGUGGUAGCCAAACCUUUGUAUGUGGCUCUAGCCCAACGUAAAGAAGACAGGAAGGCUCACUUGGCAUCACAGUACAUGCAGCGUAUUGCUAGUAUCAGAAUGCAGGGACAACCAAAUGGUAUGAUGAGUCAGAUGUUCCCAUCAGCCGGACCAGGGUAUAUCCUUCCUACCAUGACACAGGGACAGAGAAACUUCUAUGCCCCAACACAGGUACCACAGAUGAGGGCAAGUCCAGGAUGGCCAACACAGCUUAGGCAGCCUACACCAGCUAGUGGAUUCCAGAAUAUGCCUGGACAACAGGUCAGACUUGGCAAUCCUGCCGCUGCUUGUGCAAGACAACCUGGUCAAGGUAACAUCCAUGGUGGCAUGAAUGCUCGUCCCAUCACAGGACAGUCUGGCACUGGACAACCACCACGCAUGCCACAGUCUUUACCAGGCAGAGGACAAGUGCCUCCCCCAGCGGUUGUAAUGAACCCAGCCAGCAGGUAUUCGGCUACACAGAUGAGAAACUCACCUCAAACUGGAAGACACCAAAACAUGGUUAUGCCUCAGCCUCCAGCCCGAGGAGGAGUAAUUCAAGUUCAAGGUCAGGAGCUUCUGACCUCUAUCAUGUUGGCUGAUGCCCCUCAACAGGAACAGAAGCAAAUGUUAGGAGAACGUCUGUUCCCUCUGAUCCAACGUAUGUACCCAGACCUGGCUAAAAAGAUCACUGGAAUGUUACUGGAAAUAGACAACUCUGAAUUGUUACACAUAUUGGAAUCAAAAGAGUCACUAGAAGCUACGGUAAAUGAAGCCGUUGCUGUACUGCAAGCUCAUCAAGCCAAAAUAACUACACAUGCCACUGAAGCAGCAAACUAAAGAGGGUACAAAGGAAACCGCAAUAGAGUAUAUCAUAAGGGCAGAUGAUUGGAAAGAUUUUAUUGUUACCAUGACUACGAGUAUUUAUAAACUUUUUUGUUAGAUAUGUUUGCCAACUUGUUUAUUAUUAUUGUAUAUUUAUCAUGUAGUUAUAUGAUUUUGAUUGUUUAUUUUUCAAAAAAUUGUAUUUAAUAACCAGUGUCUCACUAUAUACAGUUGGUUUGAAGCUUU